CCGGCUGGCGGCAGACGGGCCCUGGGCAGCCGCACGGGGAGCUGUAAGCCCGCGGGCGUCGGGAGGCGUCUGCACUGCCGCUGGCCCGCGGCGGGUCCCGGGCUGCUACCCGGCCGGGGUGAAAAGGCAGCGGCACCAUGUUCUCCCUCAAGCCGCCCAGACCCACGUUCAAGUCCUACCUCCUGCCGCCGCCCCAGACUGACGAUAAGAUUAAUUCGGAACCGAAGAUUAAAAAACUGGAACCAGUCCUUUUGCCAGGAGAAAUUGUUGUAAACGAAGUCAAUUUUGUGAGAAAAUGCAUUGCCACAGACACCAGUCAGUACGAUUUAUGGGGAAAGCUGAUCUGCACCAACUUCAAAAUCUCCUUCAUCACAGACGACCCGAUGCCACUGCAGAAAUUCCACUUCAGAAACCUCCUUCUUGGUGAACACGAUGUCCCGUUAACGUGCAUUGAGCAGAUCGUCACAGUAAAUGACCAUAAGAGGAAGCAGAAAGUCCUAGGCCCCAACCAGAAACUGAAGUUUAAUCCAACGGAGUUGAUUAUUUACUGUAAAGAUUUCAGAAUUGUCAGAUUUCGCUUUGACGAGUCAGGUCCUGAAAGUGCCAAAAAGGUAUGCCUUGCAAUAGCUCAUUAUUCCCAGCCAACAGACCUCCAGCUACUCUUUGCAUUUGAAUAUGUUGGGAAAAAAUACCACAAUUCAGCCAACAAAGUUAAUGGGGUGCCCACGGGAGGCGGCGGUGGAGCUGGAGGGGGCGGCAGCCAGAAAACCCCGCUGUUCGAGACCUACUCCGACUGGGACCGAGAGAUCAAGAGGACGGGCGCCGCCGGGUGGAGAGUCUGCUCCAUCAACGAGGGCUACAUGGUCUCCACGUGCCUUCCCGAGUACUUUGUCGUGCCAAGUUCCCUGGCAGACCAAGACCUGAAGACCUUCUCCCACUCUUUUGUCGGGAGGAGGAUGCCACUCUGGUGCUGGAGCCACGCCAACGGCAGCGCGCUUGUGCGGAUGGCCCUCAUAAAGGACGCGCUGCAGCAGAGGAAGGUCGACCAGAGGGUUUGUAAUGCAAUAACAAAGAGUCAUCCACAGAGAAGUGAUGUUUACAAAUCAGAUUUGGAUAAGACACUGCCCAAUAUCCAAGAAAUACAAGCGGCCUUUGUAAAACUGAAACAACUGUGUGUUAAUGAGCCUUUUGAAGAAACGGAAGAGAAGUGGUUGUCUUCACUGGAAAGUGCGCGGUGGCUAGAAUAUGUAAGGACAUUCCUGAAACAUUCAGCAGAACUCGUGUACACGCUAGAGAGCAAGCGCAUCUCUGUGGUCCUCCAAGAGGAGGAGGGAAGAGACUUGAGCUGCGUUGUCGCUUCUCUCGUCCAAGUGAUGCUGGACCCCCACUUCAGGACAAUCCCCGGGUUCCAGAGUCUCAUCCAGAAGGAGUGGGUCAUGGCCGGGUAUCAGUUCCUGGACAGGUGCAACCACUUGAAGAGAUCGGAGAAGGAGUCUCCGUUGUUCCUGCUGUUCCUGGACGCCACGUGGCAGCUGCUGCAGCAGCACCCGGCUGCCUUCGAGUUCUCGGAGACCUACCUGGCCGUGCUGGGCGACAGCACCCGCAUCUCGCUGUUCGGCACCUUCCUGUUCAACUCCCCGCACCAGCGGGUGAAGCAGAGCACGGAAUUUGCCAUAAGCAAAAAUAUCCAGUUGGGUGAUGAAAAGGGUUUGAAGUUCCCCUCGGUCUGGGACUGGUCUCUCCAGUUCACAGCGAAGGACCGCACGCUCUUCCACAACCCCCUGUACAUCGGAAGGAGCAUGCCCCGUGUGCAGAAUGGCUCAGUGAAGCCUUUCAAACGGACCAAGAAAAACUACAGCUCCACCCUGAGAGGAGUGCCGGCCUCCUUCAAGAACGGGAUCCUCGGUGACCAAGAGGCCCUUCCGAGGAGGAACUCACUAAUAUUGAAAGUGAAGCCAGACCCCCCACCGCGGGCCGACGGCCAGGACGCCGGCAUGGAGCAGUUCUUCCGAGAGUGGCUCUCCAAACCGGCCGACCUGCAUGGCGUCCUCCUGCCGCACGUGUCGGGGAUGCACGUGAAGCUGUGGAAACUGUGCUACUUCCGCUGGGUCCCCGAGGCCCAGAUCAGCCGCGGGGGCUUCAUCACCGCCUUCCACAAGCUCUCGCUGCUGGCCGACGAGGUGGACGUACUCAGCAGGACGCUGCGGCAGCACCGGGCUGGCCCCCUGGAGGCCUGCUACGCGGAGCUGGACCAGAGUAGGAUGUACUUCCGGGCCAGUGGCCCCCACGACACCUCGGGGACGCCAGAGUUCCUCUCCUCCUCGUUUCCCUUCUCCCCCGUCGGCAAUCUGUGCAGACGGAGCAUUUCAGGAACGCCAUUAAGCAAAUUUUUAAGUGGGGCCAAAAUAUGGUUAUCUACUGAGACGCUAGCAAACGAAGACUGAAACAGAGUGUUUUCUGUCUGGAGGGAAGCUAGACGCUUUUUCCUCGGAAUUAGAACUGCUCACCUAGGCAUUUGAGGUUCUAAUAACUUUAUAUGUAAGAACCAUUGAAAUUUGCACUAAUGUUUAAAAACAUGUUCAAUUAUGCUUCCUUCACUCUUUAGAAGAUAGGCGUGGAUUUCGGUUUUGAUGUCCUUUCCCUGUCAUGGUAGGUCUGGUGCACUUUGAGGGGAUGUGCAGGCAGACACGCCCACACCUUGUUACUGUGAUCAGACUCACUGGGGUCUGUCUGCACCCCUUGUUCCUGCUGCCUUCAGGAGGCUCCCGAUCCUCAGGCUAGCGACCCAAAGAAGCCCCUGUUAGAAGCGCUGAGCAAUCAGGGCUGGGCAUUUUUCCAAGAAGCACGGAUAAGCCCCCCACAGGCAGUAGUAGGUAUCUGUGUAUCUUUCUGGUCACCUCCUGUUGUCUCUGAUCGAACCCGUCUGAGGGUUCAGUGUUCCCACGCCAUAAUUUAUUUGUGAUCACUUUGGGACCGCAAAUCACUGUGUCUUAAAAUCCUGAGUUUGCUCUUAACUUCUUAGGACUAACUUUCCGGUGAUGUGCACUGUUAACUUGAAAAGCAUUUGCUGUAGAUAGCAUAAUUAAACUUGGAAGUGCCUUUGACAGUAAUAUUAAGAUAUGAGAAACACAGUGAAAUAUAAUUUGUUUUUAAAAUUAGGGAGUUAAGCUCCCCUACCCCCUACAUAUUGAAAACAGGCUCUUCACACUGAGUUCAUACCAAUAGCCAGGAGUGCCCAAAGCCAUGUUUGCAUCCCCCCGAAAGUCUGCGAGGGCACAGCAGGCCUGUGGGUGGUGGGCUGCCCAGGCUCUGGGGGGCCACCUGCACCGAGCCCGCCCCCUUGAAGAGGGCUUUCCCCUCCGUAUCUUCAGUGCCGCUGGCUGUUGCUGGCACUCUCCCUGGGAAACAAUCAGUGAGGCCACGAGUCAGGUCACCUGCCCUGAAGUCCCUCCUCCCAGAGAGUGCUCAGUGCUCAGGAGGAGAGAACCAGAGAAAUGAAAACACGCUCGGCCCUGGCUGGUGUGGCUCAGUGGAUUCAGUGCUGGCCUGCGAACCGAGGGGUCGCCAGUUCGAUUCCCAGUCAGGGCACAGGCCUGGGUUGUGGGCUAGGCCAGGUCCUUGGUGUGUGUGUGUGAGAGACAACCACACAUGGAUACUUCUGUCCUCCUCUUUCUCCCUUUUUCUAGGGAUGAAUAAAUAAAAUCUUUAAAAAACAAACAAAAAACCCCCCACCCUCUCAAAGCCCCAUCAUUUUAAUAAAUAGCAAGAGCCCCCUGUCCCCCCCCACCCCGAUACUGAUACAGCAGUAUCGAGAGGAGGCUGAGCAGCAGAAGGGUGGGUCGUCUUGGUCAGGAAUGCCCUGGUUUUGCAGCCGUGUGCGGGAGCCACAGCUGCGGCGUCAGAGCGUAACCUGCGGUGCUGGCGUGCAGCCCUCCCCCAGCAUCCCUCGCUCCCUGCAUGAAGGAUGGACGUUGUGCCACUGCUCUUACCUGGUUUCUUAAACUGCCAUCCUGCACUUCGAAGAAAAUUUCAUAGUCAUGUCUCGUUAGCUUAUUUCCCUCUCUAAACCAAGUGUUUUACCUGCCUUUGUAGUGACUAGCUGUUCCUUUUUGAAUCGUUUGCCUUUACGUUGAUAAUGCCUCUGGACUUGAAGGGCUCCUAUGCAGUGUCUCAGAGGACUCCCCUUGUGGAGGAACUCGGGGUUCCUCCCACGCGUCGCCUAGAACAAUAAGGGCUCUCUCCAGCUGUUACAAAUAGCACCGUUGCCAUCGAACAUUUUAUAGUCCUUUGCGGAAUCCUGUCCCAGACCCCCUGGAACGCCGCAGCCGGUUUCCUGCCACUGAACCUGUGCUGUUCAUCCUCCUCCCGUUUUCAUCAGUUGCUGCUUUGUUGCAAACUGUUCCAUGUUUGUUACUUUUGGAGCGGGUUGAGCAUUUUUUUUUCUCUAUAAUUUUCUUCCCUUCACCCAUUUAUGGCAACUCCUUCAGUAAUUUUUUUGAUUUACAAGUUUAAAAACAAUUAGGUACUAUUAAUACUGUUCUCAGAUAGAAAUUGUGCAUAUUUUUGUAUGAUAAUCAAAUGUAGUAAAAGAUGGAGUUCCGUGUUACUUUGUGGGCGGUGGUUGUAUCGUGAUUACUGUGCCACAGUGGACUGUGCAUAGUAUGAAAAACAGCUGCCACAGCCUCAGUCCCAGCCACCGCAGAGCCGCCCGGCGUCCCCAGGAGCUCGCAGGACGUGGCGGUGACGAAGUCCCAGUGGGGUCACCGUGCUGCCCCAGAGCGAGCCUCCCUCUCGGUCCCAGACUCCCGUGAGCGAAGCCUGGCCCCGUGGGCACCAGACAGCUGGGACUUCCAGGACUGAGCUUAAAGAUGUAUAAUGUCUUACUGUUAUUUUAUGAUGGAAACCAACUUUAAAGCCAAAAAUGUCUAACUUUAUUUAAGAGAAGUAUAUUAAUUUGUGCUCAUGGAGGGUGAGCACGAACCAUUCAGCACGUCCUCCAGCCAAGUCGGCCUGCUGUAGCAGUAACCUCAAGUAGCUCAACUUGACUUUGAGAGACAGCUAACACCUUUGUGCCUAAAAUUGACUGUGACUUGAGUUACAAAGUAGGAGGGGCAGGAAGAAAGGUCUUGUUCAGCAGUGAUGUGUGUGAAGGAAGUUCUGCCUCCUGCUCAAUAAAAUCCCAGUCGUCGGUUGG